GGAGGGAAGAAAAAAAAAAAAAAGACUGCUGCAAAGCUGAUCUGAAAAGCAAAGCAAACAAACUUUGAAAAUAAAGGGGGAACAGGAAGUUUGGCAACGGUGUCCGAUAGAUAUGGCAAUGGUAGUCGGUGCGUGGCGAGACCCCCAGGACGAUGUGCCCGGAGCUCAGGGAACGCAGCCUUCGCAAGCCCCGCCGGUGCAGGGACCUCCGGCCGGGACCCCGCACACCCCACAGACCCCGGGGCCCGGGGGCCCUCCCAGUACGCCAGCCCAGACCAACCCGCCAAGCCAGCAGAACCAAGGAGACAAACAGCAGCAGCAGCAGCACAUUGAAUGUGUGGUUUGUGGGGACAAGUCUAGUGGCAAACAUUAUGGCCAGUUUACCUGCGAGGGUUGCAAGAGUUUCUUCAAGCGGAGUGUAAGGAGGAAUCUCAGCUACACUUGUCGUGCCAACAGGAACUGUCCCAUUGACCAGCACCACCGCAAUCAGUGUCAGUACUGCCGCCUCAAAAAAUGCCUCAAAGUUGGCAUGAGACGGGAAGCGGUCCAGAGGGGCAGAAUGCCACCCACACAGCCAACUCAUGGUCAGUUCGCCUUGACAAACGGGGACCCUCUCAACUGCCAUUCCUACCUAUCCGGAUAUAUCUCCCUUCUUCUGAGAGCAGAGCCCUACCCCACCUCCCGCUUUGGCAGUCAGUGCAUGCAACCCAACAACAUCAUGGGCAUCGAGAACAUUUGUGAACUGGCAGCUAGGAUGCUCUUCAGUGCGGUGGAGUGGGCCAGGAAUAUCCCCUUCUUCCCAGACCUCCAGAUCACAGACCAGGUGGCCCUCCUGAGGCUGACCUGGAGCGAGUUAUUUGUCCUCAACGCUGCCCAGUGCUCCAUGCCCCUCCACGUAGCUCCGCUCCUGGCAGCUGCCGGCCUCCACGCUUCGCCAAUGUCUGCUGACCGAGUGGUCGCCUUUAUGGACCACAUACGAAUCUUCCAAGAGCAAGUAGAAAAACUGAAAGCAUUGCAUGUCGACUCUGCAGAAUAUAGCUGUUUAAAGGCCAUAGUCCUCUUCACCUCAGAUGCCUGUGGUCUCUCUGAUGUAGCCCAUGUUGAAAGUUUACAGGAGAAGUCACAGUGUGCUUUGGAAGAGUAUGUUAGGAGCCAGUAUCCCAACCAGCCAACACGAUUCGGGAAGCUAUUACUACGUCUCCCCUCCCUUCGCACUGUCUCCUCUUCUGUCAUAGAGCAAUUGUUUUUCGUCCGUUUGGUAGGUAAAACCCCUAUAGAAACCCUAAUCAGGGAUAUGUUACUGUCUGGCAGCAGUUUUAACUGGCCUUAUAUGUCCAUUCAAUAAAAUAUCCGAGAGAGAAAAAAAAAAUUAAAAAUAAAAUUAAAAAUUGAGAAGGGAGAUGAAAGAGAGUGAAAGGAAAGCAAAUGACAUUUGGGUUCUGGUUGUUUCCUAAAUUUCCUUCUGCUAAGAAAGGAUGUAAAAGGAUGUUACAAGUUUGCUAAAAGAAGACAGGAAAAAAUUAAUGGACUGUGAAUUAAAAAAAAGAGACUGUCAAAUGAACUUUUACAGAAUGCAUUCAAAACUCCCAUGUCGUUCAGAAAAAAAAACCAACUUGCUACUUAUCAUUUUUUGUAAAAAAUAAAGAGAAAGAAAGAAAAAAGAAAGAAAGAAAAAAGAGAAAGAAGAAGAAGAGAAAGGAUGGUGGGCUUUUUCUUUUUUCUUUUUUUCUUCUUUUUUUUUCUUUUUUGGGGGGUAAACUUUUUAAAAAAUCUCGCUUAAAGUGCAUUUAAAGGAAAUUUGGAGAAAAUUAGCAGAACGGAAGAAAGUAAGUCUUUUUUUUCCAAAUUAUUAAUUGUCCUAUGUGUCUAUGUACCUAUAGCUGUUCUUUUUUGUAUUUUUCUGGUUUCAAACCAGUUUAUUCUGUGGUUCUAUAAUAAUUUUUGAUAUAACCUUGGCUUCUUAAAAAAAAAAAUACAAACUGUGUAUCCUUAAAAUGUAUGUUCUGAAAGAAUUAAAACUGAGUCCACAAAAGUAUCAUAGGAAGAAAGGAAAAGAGAGAAACCCCCCUCAACAACACAAUGAUGGAAGCGCACUUAAGGUGGUGACCCUAAAUCUAGCUUGAAGCUGAGAGACCUAUAAUUAUAGAGACCCGAAUGAACCACACGUGUCAUAUAACUACCCCCAAAUCUAGGUUUUUUGAUAUUUCGGACAGAAAAUGAACUGUGGGGAUUUAUUAUAGGUGGAAGGAAUUUGUGUCCAAGACACGCUACGGUUUUGAUUUAAAAAACAAACAAGCAAGCAAAGUGAACUUUUGUAAUUUGAAUUGGGUUCCACACAGUUCAUCAUGAAUUGUUAUUAAACUCCUCUAUCUGUUUGUAUAUUUGCAAGCCCUUUGUAUUAUAAUAAUUGUUGAUAUUUUCCCUUUUUAAAAAAUACCAUUGAAAUCAGCAUGACAAAAUAACACUGUUGGCACUUAUAGAUAACGUGAUUGAUUCAGUAUCUUAGAGUUUACAGUUUUGUGUUUAAAAAAACUGAAGGUUUUUUUUUAAGUGCAACAUUUCUGUAUACUGUAAAAGUUAUAAUAACUGAACUGUUUGGUCGAGUCUUUGUGUGUUAUAUUCCAAGGAAAAUUGAAAGUAUUCAGAAAUUAAAAUAUUAUUUGAUAUCUGAAACUUGUUUGGCUGUCAUAAAUGUCUUUCAGAAACCACAUUACUUCUCUAUAGUUUGCAGUCAUUUAAGUCCAUAGGCGAUUGAUUUGUUUACUUGUCACAGUAAGUUUGUAGCAGAUGUAUUGUAGCGUAUUUACCUGUUUAAUUCCGGGAUGGGGGUGGAGGACUUAAGUUCGUGGUUUAUCUCUGGUUUUAGGAAGUACUAUGCUGAAAUGGUAAACCAUCAACCCCCAUUCAUCUAAUCCUCCUGUUAAUUAAAAAUGGAUUUUCUGGAAAAAAAGGCCCUUAUUUUUGUCACACUUAAGUGCCUGCAUAGGAAAGGUAUUGUUGUGAAAAAGUAUUAGGAAUCUGGAGAUCAGUAUCUAUUUUAUGAUCAGAAUGGGGCGAAAAAUCUUUUGUAAAUGUCUGACAUAGGCGCACAAGAUCAUUCAAGCAAGGUAAUAGCAGUAUUGUAAAUAUAGGUCAGUUGUUUGCAAUGAGUUUUCUUUAAGUAUGUGUGAUUUUUUAUAAUACUCCGUAGUUGCCAUCUAUCGUUGUCAUUGAGAGGUCUUCAAAUGGAGUGGCUUUAGCUUCUAGCGCUGAGGAGUCGGGGUUUAAUGUAUAUAUACUCUCAAGUGGAUGGUUUUUUUUUUUUACCUUAGACUGUGAAAGCAUGACCACAGGUCAUCUCUCUAUUUUACAUAUGGGAUAUAUGUCUGUAUGUAUACUCGCAUACAUACACGCGUAGGCGUCCACGCAUCUUCCCUGUGUCGCUCCAGGGCCCUCUCCCGCCGCUCCUGCCCAGGCACAGCUCCCACUGCUGCGGUGGGGACCUGCCUGGGCGGGUGGCACAGCACCGGGGACACCAGUGGUGCAUUUAGUGCUGUCCCGAGCAGGCAAACACCCCCGAAGCUGAAGGAAGGCGAGAUGAUGUGGUUUUGCAAGGGGUUGAUAUUUUGUGUGUGUGUGUGUGUGUGUGCGUGUGUCAUUUUUAUUUCUCCCUCUUUCCCCCCACCCGCCCUCCCCUUGGUCUAUGGCAGAUGCUUUGUAUGUGGAAGCUUGCAAUUUUGAUCUUGGCUGAGGCUUCCCCCUCUCCCUUUUUUUUUACCACACGUAACUACACCAUGUUGUGGUUUCGCAAAAAGAGAGAAAGGGAGGGAGAGAGAUCAUUCUGUAAAGUCGAUUAAACCCUGAUCUUUAGUGUGUUCCAGUUAGACACAUCUGUACUGGGGGCUGAGGGGCGUAUGACUGUGAAUUUGAGCAGAGUUUUACAUCUGAAUCAUGGCUCCUUUUCUAUAAAUAUAUAAAUAUAUAUAAAUAUAUAAAUAUACUAUUAUUGCAGGGGAUUGCUGACCUCUAGAUUUAGCUUUUUCUAUUGCAAGUGCUAUCCAUGUGAGUGUGUGUGUGUGAAGUUUUAUGCUUACUAAGAACACAGGAUCUUUACUUGUUUGUUUUGUGUUAGUUUAUUGUAAACAACCAUUUGUUGUAAAUUGUUAUUGGCAUUAAAUUAUAAUUUAUGA